UGCGCAUGAUCUGAGUACCAGGUGGGGGCGGACGUGUUGUGCUUUCUAGUUUGUAAACAUGGAAGCCUAGUUUCUUUGUCAUAAUAAGAGUUUGGUUGAAUUAAUAGAAAAUUCUGAUAUUUAACUUUGACACAAAGUGUACUAUUCCUCCUAGUGUUCAAUGAAUACUAAGAUGUCUUGUAAAAAGAAAGAUCUAGAGAUAAUUUUCAAUUUACAAUGGAAAUAUGGACCUAAAGUUGCUGAGAGAUCCAAUAUAGUUGGGGUAUAUGACAUACCCUCCACGACCCUAAGCUGGGAGCCAUUCAAAUCUUAUAUUUUGAAAAAUUCUGGUACUCCCGGCGAUGACGUCAAGGUGUCCUACUUGGAAGAUGGCAGAGAAUUCCCAAUUGAAUCAACUUUGGAUUUUCAAACAGCCCUUUAUCAUUUUCGUAAGAAGGCGAUGAAUGGUGAAAUAAUCAAUCUUAGGUUGGAGAGACUAUCUACUGGAAAGAAAUCAAGUAGAUUUUCACCUACUUGUGAUGCUCAGACCGAAUGUAGUUAUGAUUGCAAAGUGGACAAAGCUCCAGAAUGGUUUACCAGCUUUAUGGCGGAGUUCAAGAAAGAAAUACUUGAAGAGGUAUCCUCAGCAAUCACAACACAUACUGCAGCAAUAAAAUCAAGUGUUUCUCAUUCCCACUAUCCAAGGAAAUCUAAGACUGACUGUGCAAAGAGAUGCAGAAAAAAUCACCAUCAUGAUGGAAAUGAAAAGGAGGUUUUGAAAACUAUGAAGCUCGAAAAGAAACUGGAGUCGAAAAUGGAAAAGUUGGUCAACAAGUCUAAAAAGCUGAAGGAAAAAAAGAUGUCACUCAUCACAAAAUCGAGCGAUAGCGAUGCUGGUCAUAGCAGUAGCAAGAGUAAUUCUGAGGCAAUUCCAAAUGUCGAUAUCAGUACUAUGAAUGCAGCUCCGGUACGCAGUGAAGAAACUAGCAUACCCCAUUUUAUGGGAGGAGAGGUGUAUCGUCAUUGUUGGAAAGUAAUCAAUAAUGGUUUGGUCCCGUGGACUGAAGAUACUGAAUUACAUUUCUCCUGGGGUUCAUCUUUGUUACAACCUAUUCAGAGAGUUAUUCCUUGUCCUCGACUCAAUCCUAUGGAAAUUGGGGAGAUUGAAGCAUUGAUACAUGUACCAAAGAUUUGUGGCAAAUACCAGAUGUAUUGGCAUUUCUAUCAUAAGGGACGCAAGUUUGGACAAUGGCUGGGGUGUGAAAUUAUUGUGGAUAAAAUAAAUCCUUCCGAACAAUUUUCAACUUCGUUUCUGAGGAGUCUCGCAGCACGCUAUGACAUACCGGAUUCUACACCUAAAGUCGAGUCCGAGUUCGAAACUCCUUACGGCUCUUUGGCAGAUAAGGAUACAGUUAAGACCGAAAAAGAGGAAGAACGCAAGGUGAAGCAUCAUAGCGAAAUCUGGAAGGACUUGAGUCAGAUCUCAUUAGAACCUUUGGGGAAACCUAAUUCAUUCGUAGCCGAAAUCGAGGAGAUAAUGUUAAGAAAGAGUCCUUCUAAAAUUCAAAUAAUCGAAAAUUAUAUAAACGAAGUUGGUACCUCUGCGUGGGACGUUCACGAAAUGAGCCAUUCAACUGAGAUGAACGAUUAUGAGGAAAGCGGAAAUUUGAUUAUCGAUGAGGAAGCUGGUGGAGAUUCUCACAGUGAAUCAAUCAGCAAAAUAGACGAGGAUGCAAGCUCAAAUUCCACUCUGAACGAUAUGGUUAUGGUCAAUUUUCCAGACGAAGAAGAGGAAGAGAAGACUGAAGGGUAUGCGUUCGUAGUAAUUGAUGGGGUCAAAACGCCUGUACCGAAAAAAUUUCUGAGACCCGAUUUCCUUGAAACCGCAGAAGAUGCACCGGAUCCGAAGAAAGAAAAUCCCCCAAGGAGCGACGAAAUCAAAGAGUUGGAAAAGUUCUUCGGGAUAGAAUUCGUUGGUGACGAUUUUCGCAUCGUCAAAAAAAUUGAAGCUGACGAUGACGAAGGCGACGAGGUUUACGAUGAUAUACCGGAUUUACUUCCAUCCAAUUAUAAUCAGAUCGCAGUAGAAACAGAUUCUAACCAGAGAAAUGAGGUCGCAGCAGAUGCAAGUUCCAAACAGAGCGAUCCCGAUCAAAAUAAGAAGGAGGAACCUUCUCGUCGCUUCGUUUUUCCCCAACACGGUGCAGGUUAUGAAGUUAACGAUGAGCAAAAAAAGGGAAAUGUUGAAAAUGAGCAGGUAAAGUCUACUCGUCACUUUUUCGCUCCAAGACAUCACGCCGGCUAUGAAGUUAUAGAUGAACUCAAUUUCGUCGUUCCCUCCGAUUCUGAUGUUGAGGUUUGUAACGACGACAAACUCCGAACGUCGUUUCGGCCGUACCGUCGUCAGCAGAUGAAAACUUCCCCAGAUCAGGCAUCAAGUUCUAAUUUGUAUCCAAGAAUUGAUCCUAAUGAUGCACUUCCCCAUAUUCCCAACUAUCAGCAGACACCGCCUGAGUUGAGGCCAAAGUCUAAGGGCGAUACGCAGGAACCUUUAAGGGCACAAAGCGAGGUUACCCAAUCGUCACAAGCCGAGGCAGUCGCCACAAAUGCAACCGGUCCUAGAAGGCAGACCGAAAACAAUCCUUCGCCUGAUACUGCGUCGAGACCUCUCGAGCCUGCAAAAAUCGUGAAUGCUACACCUGAUCCUUUGGCAGAGGUUGUAUCUGGGGCGAUGAACAUGGCAUCUUCCGCUCUGAAAAAUAUGGUUAACAAGAUCAUUCCCUCCAAAAAUGACGAGCCUGGGAUCUGGUUGAAUGGACACUGGGUGCCCUUAAAGGAAAAUAGUAUCAGGGAGAAGAAUUUGAAGGUACUAGAUGAUAUGGGAUUCAAGAAUAGGGACCUUAACGCUACUCUUCUGGCAAGGUAUAAUGAUGACAUACGACGUGUUGUAGCUGAACUUGUUCAGUAAUACUCUGUAUGUAAUUCUGAUGGAAUUUGAUUUGAAAUAAAAAAUAUAAAUUAGUUUAUGAGAUUCCGUAGUAAAAAGGGUUUUAAGGAAACACAUUUUUAUAUUAAGUAGGAUUACUUAUUCUUUAAGAGAGGAUGUAAUAUUUGAUGUAGAUGUAAAACACCCCGCAGUAAAUGAGAAUAAAACUUUGAAAAUCCAA